UCGUUUUCCAUAGCCUCCUUGUAGUUUUCAAAGGCCUCUGCUUACGGCUUAUAGUUUUCAAAUGUCACCUCCCAACGAGGCACAGAGCACCACUACCUUUGCUACUGCGACCUUUUGAAUAUCUCUUGAAUCUCUGCCCUUUUUCCUCUCUAAUAUAAAAAAAGGAACGAUUAUAAGAGCAGGUUAAAAGUCGUCUCUUUAGCUUUAACCCUCUAACUCCGAUUCCCAACUCCCAAGCAAACUUUUUCCAUUUCUUUCCUUACUCAAAAAACACCCUGAAAACCUCAUCAUCAACGUAAAAAAACAGGAUAAAAAAACAUGGCUUCCUUUACCCAUAUUUCCACGUUACUUGUUUUAGUUUCUUUCACUAUAUUCCAUCACUCUCUCGCCGGUUUUCUAGCUCAACCGGUGUCCGGUCAUGACCUGCCUUUAAAACCGGGUAACUACUCAUCCCCAAAUACGGUCCCCGCAUUUCCAGUUCAAACCGAAGCUCAGGUUUGCCGGCUCGACCUGUCAGCCGAGCUAUUCGGCGGCGUCAGCGACGCCUGCGGCCACAACUUGGACAGGAGCCGCUGCUGUCCCGUAUUGGCAGCUUGGCUCUUUGCAGCUCACGCCAGGUACGCUCUGGAGGUGUCGGCUCCGGCUCCAGCGGAAUCGGAGCAGCCAGAGCAGCCCAUGAUGCCGGAUGAUUCGCAGAAGUGUGUGAACUCGUUGCAGAACGCAUUGUUAAGCAAGCGCGUGCGGAUUCCUCAGCCAAACGCGAGUUGCGAUGCGAUUCUAUGUUUUUGUGGGAUAAGGCUACAUCAGAUUAGUUCCUUGAGCUGCCCCGCUGCGUUUAAUGUUUCCGGGUUCCGAAACGCGACACCGACAGCUUCCGUGAGGAAUUUGGAGAGAAAUUGCCAGAACUCUUCUUAUGCUGGGUGCACCAAGUGUCUCGGUGCUCUUCAAAAGGUAAGCAGUAACAAUGAAAGUUGUUUCCUUUUUUGGUUUAUGUUUUGGCUAGUUUAUCAAUCAGACAAUAGAAGUUCAUGGGAAUGCAUUAAUUUUGAGCUCUGAGUCUUUUGAUCUUUUUUCUGGGAAUGUUGUCUUAAAACUCGU